GCAAAGUUUAGACACGAGUAUGUACGAGGGUAUUGCGUUGUUCGCGAAAAAUUCGUGCCUUUAUCGGGAAACAUCACUAUCGAAAUGCGAUAACACGAAUGAAUGAUACAAUCGAUGACAGUUUUGUGAAACUAAAACACACGUUAUUUCGUAGGAAUGUAUAUGAUAAAAUUAAAUGUGCAUGAGAGUAUACUUAUUUCCGUGCAAUAUCACAGAAUGUAUUAAAUUGUAAAAUUAAUAGCGAGCUUAAUCACACGAGUUAAAAAGUAAAAUUAAAAUAAUUGAAACAAUUAUCGGACGAUUAGAAGUAAAAUGGCGUCUUUUUAUUACCUUUUGACAUAAUCCAGUUGAUAAUUAUUGUAUGAAAAUUUCGGUCGCCUUUUUCUGCAAGGUAGACAAUUUGAUAUGGUGCUGGUAUCUGGCGAUGGUUGGUGUAAACAACAGAGUGAACACUAGUGAAAUUAAUGGCGUUCGUGUUCGUGGACUGAUGACAUUCUAUCUAUACAUUAUCGACUGGUCUCUGCAAAGUGCUUGAUUGAUCAAUCAAAAUCUAUCUCCUGAUUCUUUGUUGCAAUUUUUCGUGUCAAUUACGCUUUACUUUUUCCCUUAAAAGCGACAAAAUACACCUAAAUAUACAUCCGUUUUAUUUUAAGUGCAGAAGUUGCAGUUGAAACGGACUGGGGUUCAACUUGACAUCUAGCGAAGUGACAAGCAAACUUGUUUUAUUUCGAUAACGACUCCUCUCGCUUUGUAUUCCUAUUAAAGUGAUAGUUUUAUCGUGCUGCGUGUUUUAACGCGCAUUAAUUAUCUCGAAGAAGCGAUUGACACAAAAGCGAUAGCAGUAUGGUCAGUCUUUAAUGUGGACCGUUCAUUGAGUCUGUGAUUUUAAUCCCUUUUUUAGUUCUUUAACUGCCUGCAUAUCAAAAUAUAUUGCAGAAGAUGUCUUGGCUCUUUGGCAAGAAAAAGCACAAGGAUUCACCUCCCGAAUCCAGGGAGGAGCAAGAGCAAGAGCAACAAACUUCUGCCAAUUCAGGAGAUGACUUUGUAGUUAUCGAAAGAAGAAGAACAUCGUUGCCACCUAAUGUUGAUGGUCCAAGUACACCUUAUCCCAGUGGAUUAUAUCCAUUUAUCGGUGGAACACCGAUGUAUCCUACAAUGUCGGCUGAUAAUUUACCAAAGCUAAGUCAACAGGUGGAUGCUCCGCAUUAUUUAAGUGGUGUACCAUUUAAAUUAUGCAAACACUUGGAAAGUAAUAUGAAUAAUGACUUGGAAAUAGAUGACCUACGGAUUAGCGAAAUAUUGUCCUUUAUUGAAAGAUUAGAAAAUCAAAAUUACGAUUAUGAUUUUUCUCUUGAAACAGGAGUUAUUACAGAAAUGGCUAGUAGGACUGAUGAGUAAUUUGAUCGCUCUAUUUGUGUCUAAUAAGAGUGUACAUUCUAUGAAUUAAGGAAUCAAACUUAAGUGUGUAUUUUUUAUUGUUAGUUAUUUGAAUAUAUAAUAAAGUCAUAUUUUUAAAGUGAUGAUUGUGUCAUAUACUUGUUUUAUAAAUGUCAAGUUUGAUUUUUUAAUUCCACAUAAAUUACAAAACUGU